UUUCACAGGUUUGCUUUUUAAUUUUCUGGGUUUCCUGUUCCGGAGGCGCGGGCGGUGCCACAGACUUGGCGGCUGUAGUGUCAGCCUGGCUUUCCUCUGACGGCUACCUCGCUGCCGACAGGAUGCUCUCCCAGGGGUUGUGAAGGAUACAGAAAUGACUGUGAAUUAACCCAUGUCAUCAAGGAGCUGAUAAUUUAGCAAAGAAAUUAGACAUGUGCACACAUGACUAUAAUAUGAGGCAGUCUCUGAGGUUGUAGUCUCUGUGGAAGAUGUGAGAUAUCCAGACAAUACUUCAUGAUGCAAGGCAAUAGCUGUCAUAGAAUGUCGUUCCACCCAGGACGCGGAUGUCCUCGAGGACGAGGAGGACAUGGAGCCAGACCCUCAGCACCAGCCUUCAGGCCCCAAAAUCUGAGACUGCUUCACCCUCAGCAGCCUCCGGUGCAAUAUCAAUAUGAACCUCCAAGUGCCCCUUCCACUACUUUCUCCAACUCUCCAGCCCCCAAUUUUCUGCCUCCACGACCAGACUUUGUACCCUUCCCUCCACCUAUGCCUCCCUCAGCACAAGGCCCUCUUCCCCCCUGUCCAGUCAGGCCUCCUUUCCCCAACCACCAGAUGAGGCACCCCUUUCCAGUCCCUCCCUGUUUUCCUCCCAUGCCUCCCCCCAUGCCCUGUCCCAAUAACGCGCCUGUCCCUGGAGCACCUCCCGGGCAGGGCACUUUCCCGUUCAUGAUGCCGCCACCGGCCAUGCCUCACCCUCCGCCCCCUCCAGCCAUGCCACAGCAGAUUAAUUAUCAGUAUCCUCCGGGAUACUCACACCACAACUUCCCACCUCCCAGUUUUAAUAGUUUCCAGAACAACCCAAGUUCGUUCCUGCCCAGUGCCAGUAACAGCAGCAGUCCUCAUUUCAGGCAUCUCCCUCCUUACCCACUCCCAAAAGCUCCCAGUGAGAGAAGGUCCCCAGAAAGGCUCAAACACUAUGACGAUCACCGGCACCGAGAUCACAGUCACGGGCGAGGGGAGCGGCAUCGGUCCCUGGAUCGGCGGGAGAGAGGCCGCAGUCCCGACAGGAGAAGACAAGACAGCCGCUACCGAUCCGACUAUGACCGGGGGAGAGCGCCGUCCCGGCACCGCAGCUAUGAGCGCAGCAGAGAGCGAGAACGGGAGAGACACAGGCAUCGGGAGAACCGAAGAUCACCGUCUCUGGAAAGGUCCUACAAAAAAGAGUAUAAGAGAUCUGGAAGGAGUUACAGUUUAUCGGUUGUUCCUGAAUCUGCUGGAUGCACACCAGAAUCACCAGGGGAGAGUAUUAAAAAUACAGAUUCUUGGGCCCCACCCUUGGAGGUUGUGAAUCAUCGCUCCCCAAGUAGGGAAAAGAAGAGAGCCCGUUGGGAGGAAGAAAAAGACAGAUGGAGUGACAGCCAGAGCUCCAGCAAAGAGAAGAACUAUACCUCAAUCAAGGAAAAGGAUCCUGAGGAGACGCUGCCUGACAAAAAUGAGGAGGAAGAAGAAGAACUUCUUAAGCCAGUGUGGAUUCGGUGUACCCAUUCAGAAAACUACUACUCCAGUGACCCCAUGGAUCAGGUGGGAGACUCUACUGUGGUUGGAACAAGUAGGCUCCGUGACUUAUAUGACAAGUUUGAGGAAGAGCUGGGCAGCAGGCAGGAGAAGGCCAAAGCUGCCAGGCCUCCGUGGGAACCUCCGAAGACCAAGCUCGACGAAGAUUUAGAGAGUUCCAGUGAAUCUGAGUGUGAGUCUGAUGAGGACAGCACCUGUUCCAGCAGCUCGGACUCGGAAGUGUUUGACGUCAUUGCAGAAAUCAAACGCAAAAAGGCCCACCCUGACCGGCUUCAUGAUGAACUUUGGUACAAUGACCCAGGCCAGAUGAAUGAUGGACCACUCUGCAAAUGCAGUGCAAAAGCGAGACGCACAGGAAUUAGGCACAGCAUUUAUCCUGGAGAAGAGGCCAUCAAGCCCUGCCGUCCUAUGACCAACAAUGCUGGCAGACUUUUCCACUACCGGAUUACCGUCUCCCCUCCUACAAACUUUUUAACUGACAGGCCGACUGUGAUAGAAUAUGAUGAUCAUGAAUACAUCUUUGAAGGCUUUUCUAUGUUUGCACAUGCUCCUCUGACCAAUAUUCCACUGUGUAAAGUAAUUAGAUUCAACAUAGACUACACCAUCCAUUUCAUUGAAGAGAUGAUGCCUGAGAAUUUUUGUGUGAAAGGGCUUGAACUCUUUUCACUGUUCCUAUUCAGAGAUAUUUUGGAGUUGUAUGACUGGAAUCUUAAAGGUCCUUUGUUCGAAGAUAGUCCUCCCUGCUGCCCAAGAUUUCAUUUCAUGCCACGUUUUGUAAGAUUUCUUCCAGAUGGAGGAAAGGAAGUGCUGUCCAUGCACCAGAUCCUCCUCUACCUGCUGCGAUGCAGCAAGGCCCUGGUGCCCGAGGAGGAGAUCGCCAACAUGCUGCAGUGGGAGGAGCUCGAGUGGCAGAAGUAUGCAGAGGAGUGCAAAGGCAUGAUCGUCACAAACCCUGGCACGAAACCAAGUUCUGUCCGUAUUGAUCAACUGGAUCGUGAACAGUUCAACCCCGAUGUGAUUACUUUUCCGAUUAUUGUCCACUUUGGGAUACGCCCUGCACAGUUGAGUUAUGCAGGAGACCCACAGUAUCAGAAACUGUGGAAGAGUUAUGUGAAACUACGGCAUCUCCUGGCAAACAGUCCCAAGGUCAAACAAACUGAUAAACAGAAGCUGGCACAGAGGGAGGAAGCACUCCAAAAAAUACGACAGAAGAACACAAUGAGGCGAGAAGUAACCGUGGAGCUGAGCAGUCAAGGCUUCUGGAAAACCGGCAUCCGUUCCGACGUCUGCCAGCAUGCAAUGAUGCUACCUGUUUUGACCCAUCAUAUUCGCUACCACCAAUGCCUAAUGCAUCUGGACAAAUUGAUAGGAUAUACUUUUCAAGAUCGUUGUCUGUUACAGCUGGCCAUGACUCAUCCAAGUCAUCAUUUAAAUUUUGGAAUGAAUCCCGACCAUGCCAGGAAUUCUUUAUCUAACUGCGGAAUUCGGCAGCCAAAAUAUGGAGACAGAAAAGUUCAUCACAUGCACAUGCGAAAAAAAGGAAUUAACACUUUAAUAAAUAUUAUGUCACGCCUUGGCCAAGAUGACCCAACUCCCUCAAGGAUUAAUCACAAUGAACGGUUGGAGUUCCUGGGUGAUGCUGUUGUUGAAUUUCUGACCAGUGUCCAUUUGUACUAUUUGUUUCCUAGUCUGGAAGAAGGAGGAUUAGCGACCUAUCGAACUGCCAUCGUUCAGAAUCAGCACCUUGCCAUGCUAGCAAAGAAACUUGAACUGGACCGGUUUAUGCUAUAUGCUCACGGACCUGAUCUUUGUAGAGAAUCAGACCUUCGGCAUGCAAUGGCUAAUUGUUUUGAAGCAUUAAUAGGAGCUGUUUACUUGGAGGGAAGUUUGGAGGAAGCCAAACAGUUAUUUGGACGCUUACUCUUUAAUGAUCCGGACCUGCGCGAAGUCUGGCUCAAUUAUCCUCUGCACCCACUCCAGCUCCAAGAACCAAAUACCGAUCGACAACUUAUUGAAACGUCUCCAGUUCUGCAGAAACUUACUGAGUUUGAAGAAGCAAUUGGAGUAAUUUUUACUCAUGUUCGACUUCUAGCAAGGGCGUUCACAUUGAGAACUGUGGGAUUUAAUCAUCUGACCCUAGGCCACAAUCAGAGGAUGGAAUUCUUGGGUGAUUCCAUAAUGCAACUGGUAGCCACAGAGUAUUUAUUCAUUCAUUUCCCAGACCAUCAUGAAGGACAUUUAACUCCUCUGCUUUAACAACUGCAUACCCCCAUUCCCCAUUUGAAAUCCAAACCAAAAAAGGUAUGUUCAUUCCAGUUCACUUACUUGUGGUUGAGGGUUGGGGAGGGUUGGUUGUGCAGGCAUAUGGGAAAUUUGGAUUGGUGGAAAUAUAUAAGAUUUUCAAAGCUCAUCUAACUAUACACUUAAAAUGGGUACAUUUUAUCAAAUAUAAAUUACACUCCUUAUUUGUUUGGUCUUCUAUUAAAAGCUAGGCUUUUAAUAUUUCGAGCCACUCCAUUGGUAUUGGUUUUAAAGAAACACAAUGUGGAAGAAAGGAUGCAGUUAAGGGGGGAACAGGGAGGAAGGAAGCAGACAGGCAAAGAAUAAUAGUCAAAAGCUCAGCAGCAAGCGCGGCUUAGGAAGAUCAAGUUGUGUUUCUGCUUCAUGAAUCAUUGUCAGACAAAUUAAGAACAUAUUGUUUCUUAUUUAUCUGUUGUCAGGGAUUCAAUAUCAGACAUUGAGAAUAAAUCUUGAUUUUCAUAAGCUCUGUUGACACGGUGGAGCCACAGAGCAUAAAACUUGCAUCUAAUAAAAACCAAGUGCGGCGAUAGCAGCGCAGCUCGCCGCUGCUUCCUGCUCUUCUUCCUUGGUUUCAGGAAUGUUUCUUAGCAGGAAGUUUUUUAAGGGACCAAGAAUUUGUUAUAUCUGUUAUGAGAAAAGUUGUAGUUUGGGAGACAUCAUUCCCCCAGAUCUUAGAGAUUAGGGCUAAUUAUGUUCAGUUUUCUUUUGGUGAGUUCCCAUCUUUGCAUCCACCCAUCUCCCCAGCCUCCCUCCCCAGCUCUCCCCUGGUGAUUGGUUAAUGAGUGCUAAAUGCCUAAACUAUGCUUGUUUUAUGGACACCUCUGCGAUGGAUUGGUUGCAUAAUUUUCAUGCAGUAUCUAAUAGGACAACUUAGAUAGUUCUUGGAGGACGCUUAGCUGUCUGAAAUGUCUAGUAGAAAUUUUUGUUUUGAAUUUCUGAAGUGGAAAUAUGAAAAUUAUAUUUUAAUUUGAUUAAAGGUAAAGGAUAUCAGUAUGAAAAACUAAGACUCAGGAUAUAUAGCACAGAUCUUUGUAAUAAUAAUAAUAAAAAUUAAAAUGUAAAUAAAUAAUCCAAAUCUUUUCCUGUAAUACCUGCUGUACAUCACUUCCCUAAAUAUUACAGUAUCAAAGUUAGCACAAUGCCAUUAAACUUGAAGUUUAAAUUUGAAAAAAACUCCUUUAAAACUAAUGUAUAGAAGGCAAGCCAAGUUUGCCUGCUUGGGGGUUGGGAAGGGUUGGUUGUAGAAGGGUACAGGGAAUUUGGAAUGAUGGAAAUAUGUAAGGUUUUCAAAACUCAUCUUACUGUACACUUACAAUGGGUACAUUUUAUUGAAUACAAAUUAUACUAUAAUAAAAUGGAUUUUUGAAACUUUUAAUGCUUUCUAGGUCUGGGCACGGUGGCUCAUGCCUAUAAUCCUAGUACUCUGGGAUGCCUUUAAUCCUAGCAUUCAGGGAGGUCAAGGUGGGUGGAUCACCUGAGCUCAUGAGUUCAAGACCAGCCUGAGCUAGAGCAAGACCUCAUCUCUACAAAUAGCUGAGCAUUGUGGUGGGCACCUGUAGUCCCAGCUACUUGGGAGGCUGAGUCAAGAGAAUUGCUUGAGCCCAAGAGUUUGAGGUUACUGUGAGCUAUGAUGCCACAGCACUCUACCCAGGGGGGCAAAGUGAGACUCUGUCUCAAAAACAAAACAAAACAAACAAAAAAACCUUUUAAUGCUUCCUCAUUUAGUAGCAUUAAACUUAAAGAAGUUAUGACCUUUA